UGCUGUCAUUUUAUCCUGUAAAUUUCAAGAAGGAAACUGGAAUUUUUCUAAUAGGAUAAUUAACAGUGGGAAAAGCUUCUCUCCUCCCUCGCCUAAUCUGCAUGAACACAGCCUGCCCUCCUUGCCACUCAGUGCAGGGCAGAAGCAGCAGUAAUUUCUAUCACAUGUUCAUAUGGAGCUAUGGAUGAUUCAUCAUCAUCUUCAUCUCUAGGAUGCUGCGCACUGAGAUCCUGAAUGAGAGGGGGCUGGGAUCUUAUUAAAUCCUAGGCUUGCCUGGCUAUACCAAAACAUCACAGAUCUCACUGAGAAAUAAACAUGGAAGACAUACUGAAAAAACUGCAGAAAGAGGCGACUGGAAAUAAACACAGAGCUAUAAAGGAAAAUUGUUCCUUAGCUAUUGAAAUCCUGGACACUCCAGAGGGUGUAACAAAAAUCACUCCUUACCAGCUAAGAGAGAAAUGUCUUUUGCCCCUUCAACUUGCUUUGGAGUCAAAGAAUGUGAAGCUGGCUCAACAUGCCUUGGCAGGAAUGCAGAAGCUACUGGCUGAUGACAGAUUUGUAUCCGUGGAAACAGACACUGAUGAGCGACAGUUGCUUAACCAGAUGCUAAAUUCUGUUAAAGUGACUCCAUCUCUCCACGAAGAUCUCCAGGUUGAAGUUAUGAAGGUUUUGCUGUGCAUCACUUAUACAUCAACAUUUGAGCUAAACGGAAGUUCAGUGCUAAAAAUUGCUGAGCUGUGUUUGGCAUGCCAUAAAACCGGAUCCCCACGUUUACAUGAAAUGAUCAAAGCGUCUCUUGCACACAUCCUAAUUGCCCUGUGCCAUCGUGUAUUUGAUGCUAUAUCGCCCCCUGCUUUUCCAGAGAUAUGCAUCGAAACCUAUGUUUCAAGUUGUCACCAACGAAGUAUAAACACGGCCGUGAGGGCGACGCUCAGCCAGAUGUUAAGUGACUUAACAUUACAGUUACGCCAAAAACAGGAAGGACCGAACACCAAAGCUCAUGAAGACCUCCUGGAAUUCAAAUCCCAAGAAACGGGGCCCUCUGUAGAGUCUCUCUGUGAUGACAUUGUGUCUGUGCUCACUGUCCUGUGUGACAAGCUUCAAGCAAUCAUUAAUGAAAACCAUCCAUUGCAGCUGCUUUAUCUAGAGUGCAUAUUAUCCAUGCUGAAUAGUUCAUCUCCCACAAUGAACCUUCACAAAGGCUUCACUGACCUUAUAUGGAAACAGCUAUGCCCAGAACUUGUGGUUAUCCUGGGAAACCCAGUUCAUGACAAGACUGUAACAUCUGCACACAACAACACUUGUGUUGACUCUGAAUUUCACUCCACUGGAGUAGCAGAUCAGGGCCGGGGCUCUGCAUGUUCAUCUACAGCACCAGCUCUCAGUGGUCCAGUUGCUCGGACAAUCUAUUACAUUGCAGCUGAGUUAGUCCGACUCAUGGGCUCAGUUGAAUCAAUGAGGCCUGUGCUACAGUCUCUCUAUCACCGUAUACUGCUGUAUGCUCCACCCCAGAAUCGUGUUGAGGCCAUCAAAAUUAUGAAAGAGAUACUCAGCAGCCCUCAGAGGCUUUUUGAUUUAGCCGGUCCAUGCCAUUCUGAACCAGAAACAAGAAAACGGUCUAUUUCAAAGAGAAAGUCUCAUUUGGACCUUCUUAAGCUAAUCAUGGAUGGAAUGACAGAGGCAUGCAUGAAAGGAGGCAUAGAGGCAUGUUUUGCAUCGGUAUCUUGUGUCUGCGCUUUGCUUGGAGCAUUAGAUGAGCUUAGCCAAGGAAAAGGCCUGAAGGAGGAUCAGGUUCAGCAUCUUCUUAGACGUCUAGAUGAUUUAAGAGAUGGAGCAGAGUCUAGUAGAGAGUCCAUGGAAAUUAAUGAGGCAGAUUUCAGAUGGCAGAGGCGCAUUCUUUCUUCGGAGCACACGCCUUGGGAACUAGGAACAGAAAAGAGUCCUGAUAUUAGUAUUAGUGUAACUACAGACACUGGCCAGACCACAUUAGAAGGAGAUAUGGGGCAGACAACUCCAGAAGAUAACCUUGAAGGCCCUGGAAUCAACUUGCACUCCCCAGUUAACAGAGAUCACCGAGAUAAGGAUCCAGAGUUAGAUGUAGUAGAUCAACCUGAUGUUGUCCAGAGAAGCCACAUGACAGUAUAUCCGGACAUAACAAACUUUCUGUCUGUGGAUAGCAGGACAAGGUCCUACGGCUCAAGAUACAGUGAGAGUAAUUUUAGUGUUGAUGAACAAGAUCUUUCUCGGACUGAAUUUGACUCUUGUGAUCAGUAUUCCAUGGCAGCAGAAAAGGAUUCAGGAAGAUCUGAUGUGUCUGAUAUUGGCUCUGAUAACUGUUCCCUAGCUGACGAAGAUCAGACCCCUCGUGACUGUCCAGGUCACAGAUCUUUGCGGACUGCAGCUUUGUCAUUGAAACUGCUGAAAAACCAGGAGGCAGAUCAGCACAGUGCAAGGCUCUUUGUACAAUCCCUGGAAAGUCUUAUUCCAAGGCUUCUGACACUGCAGAGAAUGGAAGAGGUUGACUCCGCUUUGCAGAACUUUGCACAAACAUUUUGUUCAAGUCUGCAAGCAGGUGUGAUGCAUUCGCCAGGAUUUGAAAAUAACAGCAGCCUAAGUUUCCAAACACUGUUGAACGCAGAUAGUCUUUAUAUUGUGUCAUAUUAUGCACUUCUGUUAAACCUAAAGCUGUCAAACAGUGACUACUACAGGAAGAAAUCUUCCAUGGCCCCUGUUACACUUAAGGAGUUUAUGAAGCAGGUACAGUCCAGUGGAGUACUUAUGGUGUUCUCACAAGCAUGGAUAGAGGAGCUUUACCACCAAGUCUUGGACAGAAACAUGCUGGGGGAAUCAGGGUACUGGGGGAGUACUGAGGGACACUGCCUCCCCAUUAUUGCUAUGCUUAAUAACAUUGAUGGUUUGGGUAGCAGUGCUAUUGGUGGCCAACUUUUAGCAUCUUCAUCACUUCCACUUCCUCCUGAGAAGAACAUGGAUGCUACAGCAUUGGCAGGUGUUGCUUUUGCACGGUAUAUAUUGAUUGGCUGCUGGAAGAAUUUAAUUGACACACUGUCUGCACCACUUACUGGUCGUAUGGCAGGAAGCUCCAAAGGACUUGCAUUUAUUUUGGGUGCAGAAGGAGUGAAAGAGCAAAAUCAGAAGGAGAGGGAUUCCAUUUGUAUGAGUCUGGAUGGGCUCAGAAAAGCUGCUCGGCUUAGCUGUGCCUUAGGAGUGGCCGCAAAUUGUGCAUCGGCAUUGGCUCAAAUGGCAGCUGCAUCUUGUGUUCAAGAGGAGAAGGACGAUAAAGACACUGGAGAGCACAGUGAUACAAUAACACAAGUGAAACAGAAAGUGGAGCAAAAACUGGAACAGAUGGGAAAACUAGGAGGUUAUCGCCUGCACACUGCGCACGUUCUCUGCAUGGAUGCAAUUCUUAAUGUUGGCCUAGAAAUGGGAAGUCACAAUCAGGACUGUUGGCCUCAUGUGUUCAGGGUUUGUGAAUACAUCAGCACCUUGGAACACACACAUUUCAGUGAUGGCACAUCCCAACCUCCUAUAACUAUCACCCAAUCUCAGAAACCUUCAGUAGACUCUGAGGGAGUGCCUGCAGAUUACUCACAAGAGCAUGCCACACCACAAGAGGGCACUCUCGGCAAGAGCCCUGUCAUACAGCCAGUGCCUAUCCAUGAGCUAAUCAAGGAAGGCACCAAAGGAAGAGCUUUUGACUUCCGUGGGACCAGCUUGAUGAGUGGUAGCAAUGCAGCUAAAGCUGUCUGCACAUUGUCAACACAAGUAGACAAGCUCUUUGAAAAUUCUGCUGACAAACUUAAUUUAAUGGCUCUGAGUGGGUUCCUUUACCAGCUGAAGAAAGCCUCCCAGUCUCAGCUUUUUCAUUCUGUUACUGACACAGUGGAUUACUCUCUUGCCAUGCCAGGUGAAAUAAAAUCCACUCAGGACAGAAAAAGUGCUCUUCAUCUGUUCCGCUUGGGUGAUGUAAUGCUACGUAUUAUCCGCAGUAAAUCACGCCCACUACUUCAUAUUAUGCGCUGUUGGAGUGUGGUGGCCCCUCAUUUUGUAGAGGCUGCAUGUCACAAAGAAAGGCAUGUUUCACAGAAGGCUGUCUCCUUUAUCCAUGAUAUUAUGACUGAAGUUCUCACAGACUGGGUUGAGCCACCACAUUUUCAUUUUAAUGAAGCUCUCUUCAAGCCAUUUGAGCGUAUCAUGCAGCUGGAGCUUUGUGAUGAAGAUGUACAGGACCAGGUGGUCACAUCAAUUGGGCAACUGGUAGAGGUAUGUGCUCCCCAGAUCCAAUCAGGAUGGAGACCUCUGUUCAGUGCUUUGGAAACUGUACACAGUAGCAAGUCAGAUGUCAAGGAGUACCUUGUUGGAGAUUACACCAUGGGGAAAUGCCAGGCUCCAGUGUUUGAUGUCUUUGAAGCUUUUCUAAACACAGACAACAUCCAAGUGUUUGCCAAUGCAGCAACCGAUUACAUUAUGUGCCUUAUGAAGUUUGUCAAGGGAUUAGGGGAGGUGGACUGCAAAGAGAUUGGAGACUGUGUGCUUGGACCUGGUUCAUCAUCCACAGAUUUGUGCCUUCCAGCAUUGGAUUAUCUAAGAAGAUGUUCACAGUUACUGGCUAAAAUCUACAAAAUGCCAUUAAAGCCUAUAUUCUUAAGUGGGCGCCUAACUAAUAUGCCUCGUCGGAUUCAGGAACGAUCAGCCAGCAGUGAAGAUGGCAUUGAAGCUGUUCUUUCAGAGUUUGAUGAUGACACUGGUCUUAUAGAAGUAUGGAUCAUUCUCCUAGAGCAGCUUACUGCAGCAGUGUCUAACUGUCCCCGUCAGCAUCAGCCUCCUACCUUGGACUUGCUCUUUGAGUUGCUAAGGGAAGUCGCUAAGAUACCAGGCCCAGGGUUUGCUAUUUAUGCCGUUGUCCAUCUUCUUUUGCCUGUAAUGUCAUUGUGGUUAAGUCGCAGUCAUGGAGAUCACUCUUAUUGGGAUGCUGCUUCAGCAAACUUCAAACACGCUAUUGGUUUGUCUUGUGAACUAGUGGUGGAGCAUAUUCAAAAUUUUAUUAAUUCAGAUAUUGGCUAUGAGAACAUGAUUAACACAAUGUUGAAAGAGCUUUUCAAGCUGCUUGUAGCUUGUGUGGCAGAACCCACCGAAACUAUCUCCAGAGUUGGAUGUUCUUGUAUCAGGUAUGUCUUGGUUACGGCAGGGCCUGUUUUUACUGAAGAAAUGUGGAGACUUGCUUGUUGUGCUCUGCAAGAUGCCUUUUCUGCUACACUGGAGCCAAUGAAGAGUCUAUUGGGGUAUUUUCACAGUGGCUCAGAAAGUUUUUCUGGCGAUGCCUGUGAGGUAAAGGUAGCUGCUCCGUCUCUCUCGCCAAAUGCUGAAGCUGAAUACUGGCGGAUUAGAGCUAUGACUCAGCAGGUGUUCAUGUUGGAUGCACAGUGUUCACCAAAAACCCCAAACAACAAGGAAGGCUUUGAGCAUGCACAGUCUUGUGUGCUCAUUAUUGAAAUCCCGCCUGAAGAGAAACCAAAUGGUCACACCCAAAAAAGUAUUCCAUUUCGGACUAUUGUGGUCAGUCUGCUUUCCCACCAAGUACUCCUGCAAAACCUAUAUGACAUUUUGUUGGAAGAAUUUGUAAAAGGACCAGUGAAUGUGGAUGACAAAACAGUUCCAAUGCAGGAAUCUAAAACUGUUGGAUUCCUUAGAUACAUCUCAAUGCAGAAUCUGGCUGUUAUUUUUGACCUGUUAUUGGACUCAUAUCGGACUGCAAGAGAGUUUGAUGCCAGGCCAGGAUUGAAAUGUCUUCUUAUGAAAGUUUCUGGGAUAGGUGGAGCAGCUAACCUAUAUCGCCAGUCAGCUAUGAGCUUUAACAUCUACUUCCAGGCAUUGGUUUGUGCACUGCUGACCAACCAGGAACACAUCACUGCAGAUCUUGUGAAAAAGAUCCUUUUUGAAGAUGAGGAACACAGUUCUGAUUCUUCACAGCAGUGCUCUUCAGAAGAUGAAGACAUUUUUGAGGAAACUGCACAAGUGAGUCCCCCAAGAGGAAAGGAGAAGAGGCAGUGGCGUUCUAGGAUUCCAUCCCUGAGUGUCCAGCCAGUCAGCAAUGCUGACUGGGCCUGGUUAGUAAAAAGGCUUCACAAACUCUGCAUGGAACUUUGUAAUAACUACAUUCAGAUGCACUUAGACCUGGAAAACUAUGAUGACCCCCCUGGUAUUAAAGGAGAUCCUUUUUUCAUCUUGCCAUCGUUUCAGUCAGAGACCUCAACUCCAUCUACAGGAGGACUGUCAGGGAAAGAUACACCUUCAGAAGAUGAAAGGCACCAGAUAAAGGACCAGUUGUCAGAGAACGUGACACCUAUCGGUUCCUAUGCAGGUACAAUACAACAAAGUCCCAAGUUAGAGAAGAGGGAACAUGGUAGAAAGAAAGAAUGGUGGGAGAGUGCUGGGAACAAAAUCUACACUAUAGCUACUGACAAAACUAUAGCAAAAUUAAUGACCGAGUACAAAAAAAGAAAGCAACAACAUAACCUGACUACUUUCAUUAAGGAAACCAAGGCAGAAAAGAAAGGAGAGACAUUAUGUUCUCGAGGACAUGAUUCCCCUAUUCCUCAAAGACCGCAGCAUCUAGUGGACCAGACUCAAAUGAGACAUUCUUUUAGUGCAGGUCCAGAAAUCCUUCGUCAGGAGAAGAGAUCUCGCUCAGGAUCCACCGUUAGCACUUUCAAUGUUUCAACAAGAGAUGCAGAGGCACAGAUACAGGCUUGGACCAACAUGGUACUAACGAUUCUCAAUCAAAUACAGAUCCUUCCAGACCAGAUGUUUACGGCCCUGCAGCCUGCAGUAUUUCCCUGUAUCAGUCAGCUUACUUGCCAUGUAAACGAUAUACGUGUACGACAAGCGGUCAGGGAAUGGUUAGGAAGAGUAGGGAGAAUUUACGAUAUUAUUUUAUAAGGAAUUCAUGUGCUGCUUUAUUAGUAAAGUAAAUGUAGGUUCCAUCAUUUUUAGUUUUCAAAAAACUAUUUCCAAAUAAAUUACAAUUACUAAAAGUUUAUUACCUUUUGUAAAUUAAAAGAGGCAUGUUUAUGUAAAAAAAAACUAAAUGAAAAACUUAAUCCAAGUUACCACUUCAAUAUAAGAUCUGCUGUGUAUCUAUAAUUUAUUUAUUUUUAUUUUGCCAUAUUCUUUAUGAGGGCAAAUUUAGGUUUUUGCUUGUGAGAAAACCAUUUUAGCUAUGACUCACACUGUUCAUAUGACACCUUUUAAAUAUAGCUCUUGAGUUUACAUAUACUGUAUAUAUAUAAUAUUUCACACUGCAAAUGAUAAAAUGGGCCAUGAUUUUGCUUUGAGUUUUUGUCCUAUUAUAUCUAUUCAGAAGGAUACUCUGCACUGUUCCUUUUCCUCAGGAGAAUUCUAUAUUUAUCAUUGGCUUUACCACUCAUGUACAACAAGGUAGAUUCAGUUCGUAUAUGAGAAAUGUGAGAAAAGAAAUCAUUAUUUUUUUACAUUACAUCUCUUUGAUGACAUAUCUAAUGUUUGCAUUUUCAGCUAUUUUUAAGAUAUAUUUAUGGAAAUUAAUGUAAGCUGAAACUGACUGCCUAGCUAAGCAAGAACAGCUAAACUGCUAUUGUAUGAAGCUAUUAAAAAAAUGACGUGGAACAUUUAUAGAAGAUUGAAAACUUGACAUGAAACAGAUUAGUGCUAUUUAUUGUAGUGGUACUCAAAUCUAUCUAGUUUUUUGUUUUCUUUUAAAAGUAAAGGCACAGUGUAAUGUCAUUUUUUCCCCUUAAUGUGUUUAUAAUAGCCGCAGUAUAAAAUGUAUGUAAAAUUGCUUCUUUAGGUUUGUUUUUGUAUAUUAAAUACUUAGUUCUGUUGUUUGAAACCACAACCCAUUUCACACUUUUUGUGUGCACACACAUGCUUCUUUAUAUUAUUUAUGUAUGUAUAACAAAGCCCAAUACUUAGAUAGAACAAUGGAAAUUUAACAUUUGCAAUACACUGUAACUUUAAAGCAUGGACAAAUUUGUUUAUUACUUGCGCUCUUAGUACAUUGUGUUCCAAAUCAAUGGUUGCCUUAUAUUGCUUGCCACAAUUUGAAAAGUAACUUGUCCAUAUGAAUAAACACAACAUACUUACUUUAUUAAAAUUGGACAUCACAGUGUCGCUGGUAAAGCCUCUGCCAUAUCUCACACAAACUUUUUGUUUAUGUCUAAACUGUAUACAUGCAAUGAUUUGUUUGCCAUGUCUAUUUGUUAUACUUAACCAUGCUGGCCAAUACAAUUCUGUUCAAAUCUCUUAAA